AAAUAACUUGGGACCUGUGAGCUGACAAAUGCUCUGGCUUUGGUGGUGACAGGUCGUCCAGCUUCUUACAGCCAUCUUCACUAAAACUAAGGUUAACUCCUCACUCUCUAUGGACGGCUGCUCUCUACUUCCAAGGGCGUGAAGAAUUUUCCUUUUCUCCUGUGCUUUCAUCCGAAAGUUCUCCUUGGAUAAUUGUCAUCGCAGUGGAGUGCCUGAGUUGGACAUCCUCAUCUGGGUCAACUAAAAAAAGAAAGCAUGCAAGACGACAGCCUAGAAGCUUCUACUUCCAUAUCCCAGCUGCUAAGAGAAAGCUAUUUAGCCGAAACCAGGCAUCGGGGAAACCAGGAGAGGAGCCGUGCAGAGCCCUCCUCCAACCCCUUCCUUUUCAGCAGUCCCUCCGGGGCUGCCGAAGGAGGAGGCCAAGAGGACCUCCCGGACCUCUCGGCCUUUCUGAGCCAAGAAGAACUGGACGAAAGCGUCAAUCUGGCGAGACUGGCCAUCAACCACGAGCCCUCGGAGCGGGCGGACGAGGCUCAGGCUCGGAAGCGGCUGUCCUCGGAGCCGGGGAAGCCCGCGCCCGCCUUCCGCCCGGCGAGCCCCCCACGACCCCCCAGCCCUCGGGGGAGCCCCCAGGAGGCCAAACAGCCGCACUACAGUUCCGAAAGCCAGUCCAAAAAAGUCUUCCUGAACAAGGCCGCCGAUUUCAUAGAAGAGCUGUCCUCCCUUUUCAAGGCCCACAGCUCCAAAAGGAUCAGACCUCGCGCCUGCAAAAACCACAAGAGCAAACUCGAAUCUCAGAACCGAGGCGUGCAGGAGAACAGCUCCAGCUUUUCGGAGCUGUCCGAAAGGCGGGAGCGAUCGGUCCCCAUCCCUGUGCCCGCAGACACCAGGGAUAACGAGCUGAACCACGCCCUGGAGCAGCGGGAAGCCCAGAGGCGGGAGGCGGAGCUGGCGGGCGAGGCGGGCGCUGGCGGGGACACCACCCCCGGGUCCUCGCCUUCGUCUCUGUACUAUGAAGAACCUCUGGGGCAGCCUCCCCGCUUCACCCAAAAGUUACGGAGCAGAGAAGUUCCCGAGGGAACCCGAGUCCAGUUGGACUGCAUAGUGGUAGGAAUCCCACCACCUCAAGUAAGGUGGUAUUGUGAAGGCAAGGAGCUUGAAAAUUCCCCAGACAUUCAGAUCGUCCAGGCAGGAAACUUGCACUCACUGACCAUCGCUGAAGCCUUUGAGGAAGACACAGGACGCUAUUCCUGCUUUGCGUCCAACAUCUAUGGGACAGACUCAACUUCUGCCGAGAUUUAUAUAGAAGGAGUUUCUUCUUCUGACUCAGAAGGGGACCCUAACAAGGACGAAAUGAAUCGAAUCCAGAAGCCAAAUGAGGUGUCAUCACCACCCACUACUUCUGCAGCCAUUCCUCCAGCAGCACCGCCAGCCACACAUUUGGUGACCCAACCCAGAGUGUCAACCGUCGAGCAGUGCCAGAGCCCUACCAACUACCUGCAAGGAUUGGAUGGAAAACCUAUCAUUGCGGCUCCAGUGUUUACAAAGAUGCUACAAAAUUUGUCAGCCUCUGAGGGUCAGCUGGUUGUCUUUGAAUGCAGAGUAAAAGGAGCUCCAUCCCCCAGAGUUGAGUGGUAUAGGGAAGGGACCUUAAUAGAAGAUUCUCCAGAUUUUAGGAUUUUACAAAAAAAACCUCGUUCCAUGGCAGAACCAGAGGAGAUCUGUACUUUGGUUAUUGCCGAAGUGUUCGCAGAAGACUCCGGAUGCUUCACGUGUACAGCCAGCAACAAGUACGGCACGGUGUCCAGCGUGGCGCGCCUCGAUGUGCGAGGCAAUGAAGACCUCAGCAACAAUGGGGCUCUUCACCCAGCCAACUCCACCACCAACCUGCCUACUAGUGAGCCUCAGACAGCCCUACCCAACCCCGAGCCUCCUUCUGCAGAGCAGCCCCUCAAACCCAAGCUCGAAGGGGUCCUGGUGAACCACAACGAGCCCCGCUCCAGCUCCAGGAUUGGGCUGCGUGUGCAUUUCAACCUGCCGGAAGAUGACAAAGGAAGCGAAGCGUCCUCUGAGGGGAAUGUGGCGAUGGCCUCCCAGACCAGGCCUGAUUCCUUCCCAGAGAGGUUCAACGGGCAGGCAGCAAAAAUCCCUGAGCCUUCCUCCCCCGUCAAAGAACCCCCUCCAGUUCUAGCCAAGCCUAAACUCGACUCCACUCAGUUACAACAGCUUCACAACCAAGUCCUACUGGAGCAGCAGCAGCUGCAGGCCCCGGGCCCCGCGUCGCCGAGGGAGUUCCCUUUCCACGCGAGCGGGAGCGUGGCGAACUCGGCGGCUCCCCCCGCGGCAGUGGUCGUCUCCAGCAAGCAGCUGAAGGCUGCUGCAUCGUCCGCAUCCUCGUCGCAGGCACUCAGCUUGGCUAGGCCGAAGCAUUUCUUCCCCUCCGCGAGCACCACCGCGGCCACCACGUCCCCAUCCAGCUCCCCAGUGUUCACCCUGAGCAGCACUCCGCAGCCGAUUCAGCGGACAGUGAGCAAGGAAAGCCUGUUACUGUCUCACCCCUCCGUGCAGACCAAAUCUCCAGGCGGGCUUUCCGUUCACAGCCACAGCGAGCCGCCCCCUCCAGCCCCAGCAGAGCCAGCUCCGCCGCCACUCACGUUCUCCAUGCCCAGUGCAAACCAGUUUCAGCCCCACUAUGUGCCCCCAACUCCUGUCUCUCCCACCGGCCGGAUUCAGAACCCAGUGGCUUUCCUCAGCUCUGUCCUGCCUUCUCUUCCUGCCGUCCCACCCACCAAUGCCAUGGGGCUGCCAAAGAGCGCACCAUCUGUGCCAUCCCAGGGACUAAUGAAGAGAAAUACAAAGUCUUCACAACCAGUGAGUGAUGAUUAUAUUCGUGAAACUAAGAAUGCAGUGAUUCUAGAUCUGGGGAAGAAAAUGAGUUUUGGUGAUGUCAGAUCAAACCAGCAGGAAUACAAAAUUUCAAGCUUUGAACAGAGGCUGAUGAAUGAAAUAGAGUUUCGCUUGGAACGUACACCUGUUGAUGAAUCAGAUGAUGAAAUCCAACAUGAUGAGAUUCCCACGGGCAAAUGUAUUGCUCCCAUCUUUGACAAAAGACUCAAGCAUUUCCGGGUUACAGAAGGCUCACCAGUCACAUUCACCUGCAAAAUUGUUGGGAUACCUGUUCCAAAGGUUUACUGGUUCAAAGAUGGGAAGCAGAUUUCUAAGAGAAAUGGACACUGCAAAAUGAGGCGAGAGGGCGACGGGACGUGUUCUCUGCACAUCGACUGCACCACCAGCGACGACGACGGCAACUACACCAUCAUGGCGGCCAACCCUCAGGGGAGAAUCAGCUGUUCUGGCCAUUUGAUGGUACAGGGUAUGCCCAUUCGUAGUCGACUAACCUCUGCUGGUCAACCUCACAGGGGAAGGUCCAGACUGCAAGAAAGAGACAAAGAACCCCUUCAGGAACGCUUUUUCCGACCACAUUUCCUGCAGGCUCCUGGGGAUAUGGUAGCUCACGAGGGACGCCUCUGUCGCCUGGACUGCAAGGUGAGUGGCUUACCGCCCCCAGAGCUGACGUGGCUGCUCAAUGGCCAACCUGUGCUACCAGAUGCCUCCCACAAGAUGCUGGUCAGGGAGACAGGGGUGCACUCGCUGCUCAUCGACCCCCUCACCCAGCGCGACGCAGGCACCUACACGUGCGUGGCUACCAACAAAACCGGGCAGAAUUCCUUUAGUCUGGAACUCACUGUGGUCGCCAAAGAGGUAAAGAAAGCACCAGUAAUCCUGGAGAAACUGCAGAACAGUGGCGUCCCCGAAGGCCACCCGGUGCGGCUGGAGUGCCGCGUGAUCGGCAUGCCCCCUCCCGUGUUCUACUGGAAGAAGGACAAUGAGACCAUCCCCUUCACCAGGGAGAGGGUCAGCAUGCACCAGGACACAACAGGGUAUGUCUGUCUCCUCAUUCAGCCGGCCAAAAAAUCAGACGCAGGAUGGUACACGUUAUCAGCCAAGAACGAGGCUGGCAUUGUGUCGUGCACUGCUAGGCUGGAUAUAUAUGCUCAGUGGCACCAUCAGAUCCCACCGCCCAUGUCCAUCCGGCCCAGUGGCAGUCGCUACGGAUCUCUCACCAGUAAAGGACUUGACAUUUUUUCUGCCUUUUCAUCUGUGGAAAGCACGAUGGUGUAUUCAUGCUCCUCUAGUAUAGUGGAGAGCGAUGAACUUUAAGUCUGGAUGCCUGCUGUGGAAGGGAGUGAACUGUGGAGGUGGAAGGAGGAGGAGCCAGAUGCAGUGGUUUCCAAGCGACUGGAUUUGAGUUGGUUCCCACGCUGCUGAACCUGUGGCAGGAAGUGCUUUGGAUAAGGUGGCCGGAGUUUCUUGCGCUCUCUUUUGCAGUAUGGCUUCAAGGCUGUGCCUCCGAAAGAGUCCAACAAAAAUAUGAGCUGACAAUACAGAUGAACCAAAGAUGUCAUACUACUGCCACCAACCGCUGUGAGGGAAGCAAGAAUGGCCCUGGCCCAGUUGUGUUAAGGAUGCUUAGGCUCUGCUAGGAGCAACAAGGGGCCAUGUGUCUGGCCAGAGACAAGUUAGAUGGUAGUGACCUUAGGACAUAACUAAUUCACCUAACAAUGCAAAAGAAAAAGCUGGGGAGGUCACUGUCACCUUUCACUGACUAUGUCUACGGCAGCAGUUAUGGUGACUUCAUUACAUCAGAUUCCACUUAGCAUUAGGAGAUCAUGCCAUGCCACUCAUACAUGUGGUGCAGCCCUUUUGAUUUGCAUAUCCUGUGUGCACAGAGUCAUAUAGUAAGCGCCAAAACGUGCUUGAGAUACUAAAGAAUCGCUGAAACACUCAAAAUUGCACAGUGUACUUAUUCUGUCGUCAACAACAGUUGGCCCCCAGCCUCUGCUGUCUGCACCAUUUUUCUUUAGAUGGUAACUGGUUUUUCUUCUUUCUGAUUUUGGAUAUCCCUAGACUCCAGUACUAAAGAGUUGUUAAUAAACCAAUCAGAAAACAAACAAUCUGCAGAGUCACUUUUAAAAUUAUCAGCUUCAAUUGCCACUUGAGAAAUGUGCAAGAGUCAUCAUCAUCUGUCCACAGAAUACCAUCCCAACAUGCUCCCACCACUUCCCGAAAGUCUGGAAUUGUAGAAAGCAGAAAGGAAGAGGUGCAGACAAGGCGGGAGUGAUGCGAGAGAGCUGGUUUUCACUUCCCACAGCAGAGUAGCAGUUGUGGAAAGAGCAGACCUUCAUAGCUGUGAACUGCUUUGAGAUCAUUGAUCAAAUUGCAUUUUCUACAUAGAAAACAAUAUGCUAGCUGGGAAAGUGGAGGGAAGGGGAACAAGCUUCUUUCGUCUAACCUAUCUGUUCAAAACCCGCAGUUCAUGGCAAUAUCCUUAGUGCCUAGGAGAGUACCCAGCACAAAGUAGCCAUUCAGAAAGUAUUUGCUGGGUAAAUGAAUCUUAUAUUAGACACAAAAAUCUUCAGGUCCCACACCAGUCCAAACACUGCACCAACAAUGGUCGUCACAGCACAGUUUGCUCCAGGCUCACCAGGGAGAUGACUAGGGUCCUGUUACCAGUUUCUUCUGCUCAGAUCCCUGGUGUUCUGUGUGUCAGGCCUCCUCAGAUGGCAUCUUACAUAAGCAAAUGAUUUAGAUAGAUAUAGUAAAUGCUUGGCUUCAAAAUAAAUUCUUUGUUUCAAGGCAAGGGUUUACAAUAUAAAAAUAAAUUCAUUCAAAAAAUCA